CUAAAAUAACUACGUUUUAUUUAUUCUCCCUAAAGGAAAUGCGCUUUGCUUAGAUACCAUUUUUCCAUGGUAGUUUUUUUUUGCUUUUAGAUUUGAAACAUUUUUACCAUUUUAUGCAAAAGUAUGCAAAAUGUAGAACACUGUUACAAGCAACUGUUUUCCUCAAACCGAUUUUCAGCACAAAGAUUACUAGUCUAGCUUACUCUCCAAAAAUUUAGCUUCUUUUGUUUUUAUUUGAUGGCAUGAAGUCAUAAUUUGUCAUAUUUAUUGAGCUUCAUAUAUAUGGAUUAAAAUGAGCCAUGGAAAAAAGGGGAGAUCUUCAAAAUGGGAAAACGAUUAAAACCCCGAAUACUUCUUGAACUUGACAUUCCAAACAUCAAACGAAGAAACGCUUCAUGUGAUGAACGUAAGCAGCGGCGUCGAAAGUAUUCAUUAUUAUGACGUUUAAUCAUCAAAAUCAAUUCUACAUAUUUUACGCUGACGAUGGCAAAAAAUGUUGUAGUGCCAAAAUUUCUACAAGUGAAUGAGCACCUUUAACAGAUGGUGAUUAAUCUAGAAUGGUAUUAAAGCAACCAACUCAAAGUGAAGCUUUAUUUUAAUUCAAAAUAAUUCAUAGUAAAGUACGAAGUUAAAAUUUUUUCUUGUUGAGAAAGUAUCGAAAACAGACGAGAAAAAAAUCUACUUAUGAGAACUAAAUUACCAAAUAUGGAACCGGAAAUAGUUAGUCGUAAUCAGCGGAAGCCCUCAUUGGACAAUUUACUCCUCGGAGACAACUCUCCUCAAAUCCCAUUGGACAACGAGACGGAGCCGAAUGGAGGGGACGAGAUGGACGGAGGAGAGCAGGAGGAAGACUUCUUCAAACUGUCGGCCCAAGAGUGGCAAAAUAGGACUCUGAUGCCGCUCAAGGAAGAUCUAGCCAUGUGGAUUUCAGACCUACUAGACGUUGAGAUUUCUUGUCAGAACUUCUUCGAGAGACUUCAAGAUGGAGUCAUUCUUUGUAAACUAGCCAGACAUAUCUGUGAACACGAAGUGCAGUGGAAGGGAGCCUCACAAGCAACCCCUUUCAAGGCGCCUAUAAACUUGAGAAGUGGGCCCUUCUUCUCCAGAGAGAACAUCACCAACUUCCUCCGGUGGUGCAAGGCUCUCAACAUCAAUGACACUUGCCUCUUCGAAUCCUCAGACUUGCUGCACUUAAAACAUCUAAAGAACAUUAUAGUUUGCCUGUACGCAAUCGCAAGGCGCUUCAAAAAUUGCCCAACCUUAAAACUCCCGAACCUAAUUCAACUCGAAGAGGAAAUGGAAUUAAACAGUUUCCUAUUGGACAACGACAAAGAUGACUCAUACAUUGACUCGCCUGACGUCACUACAACUUCCGAGCACUGUUUGAGCAGUAGUACGAGUUCGUGUAGCCCGCAGUCAGUUUUAGACGAAUUUGCCGACUGUCAAUUAACCCGCUCUCUUUGCGAAACACCCGAACAAAGGCGGUUUAAGCCGAACCAAACCCAAAACACGACUACCCCAAGAAAAUCUCGCAUUCCAAGGUAUUCAUCGAAAUUGGCAGUUUCGACGUCGAAGUUGAAUAUUUCCGGCACCGGUAGUUGCUCGGAUAUAAGCGAGCACGAGGGAAGCACUAUUCACAACCAAUCAAGAAGCAGAAAAUCGAGUAUUCCGAUUUUGGACAAACGCGACGGACGAAGGCCAAGCCAAACUCCGAAUCGUAAUCGAGAAAGCAGCGACAAUAACAAUAACGAGAACAACAAAAACAACAAGCGAUCAAAAAGUGUCGACUAUAAAAAGAAAAUGUUUAUAAACUCGAUGACAAUCCGCUUAGCUAAACCAAUAUCAGACUCGUGUGAUAAUUUAGACCAACCACCCAAAAAGGAUUUGAGACGAACAAAAUUUUGUAAGCCGAACUGCUCGCCGCAGAGUCGUUGUUGCCUAAAGCAAGAGUCCGAGCCGCGUAGGAAGCGACAACGGGACGACGAUUACGUAAUAAUGGAUCUCGACGAAGAGCCCCCUCCAGCUUUGAUUGUUUCGAAAUUCGACCGUAAAAUCCGCCGAAUAAUCAAAAAGUGCAAAUGUGAAGACACUGUGACAGUGAAGAAAUUGGCAGAAGGGACUUAUCUCAUAAAUGACCGCAAAGUUUACAUCAGGAUUCUGAAUCGCAAACACGUAAUGGUCAGAGUGGGAGGGGGAUGGCAGACAUUUGAGGAGUACUUGUUACGUCAUGACCCUACUAAGGUGUCCGUCUUUGCCCGGGACGGAGUCACAAUGCUGGAUUCAACCGCAAGACCCCCCGCAGAACAGGGAUUUCUGGUAGCAUCUGGUGCAUACAGAUCCACCGCUGUGUAAAUUUCAAAUCACCAGACCUUUUGACCUCGAUAAAAAACAAGAGUCUCAAAAUAUGUUGCUUUGAAAGUAGUUAUAUCAAUUAUGAAUUAAAAAAUGAAAUUUAAAUCACUGAUUCAAUGAAAGUUAAAGCAAAUAGUUUUUAUCUUUCCGGUGCUAAAAUCCAAUAUGCUGUUUUUGGCGUCAAUAGAAUUCUCAAUGUGAAAAUUACAUAAUCAAAUAUUGCCAAUUUUAAUUUGUUUGUGCAUAGUCAGCGAAAGAAAUUUAUUAAUCCAAACAUCGAUCUUCA